UUCGUAUGCUAACUAUUACAGUACACAUUAGAACAAAACGAGAGAUUGCCAUUCUGAACCUUUGUCUGUAAUUAAACGAUGCAAUUUAUUGUAUAUUGAAUAUGGAUCAUCAAAUUCCUUUUAACCCUUUAGAAGAUCCUGAGACAUUGCUUCUUGAUUUUAUACACUUUGUUCGUAGUAGUUCUCUUGAAGAAUGUAAUUCACAUGGAAUUAUGGUAACUGCUGCAAUGGAUCAUUUAGUGAAAGAAUAUUAUUUUACGGACUCAGAGAAAUACAAUCUCGUCCUUGAAGCUAUUUCUCAUGCCGCUCAACAGCCUACCAUAUCUGUGAUUCAUGUCUGUUUUCUCAAAGAACUUUUGCGUCAAAAGCAGUAUGCUGUAGCUGCAUCAACUUUACGUUGGGACACCAUCAGCAAAUAUCUACCGACCAAUUUACUACUCGAGUACUGUUUAUUGGCUGCCUAUCAUUGUCUUGGUAAUAAUGAGUUAUAUGAAGCUCAAGGAUGGCUGUUUUCGAUUGUAUAUCUUCCCGUUACGGCUUUGACUGUCUUUCAUGAAAGGGCUUUAUUUAGCUUUUUGUUGCUUCACCUUGGACUGAAUGGAAAGAGAUAUCCUAUAAAUUCCACUACUUGUGGUAAUCUUUUACCCUUAAAGACUUUUAUGGCUCCCUACGAAAGCUACAUAGAUGCCUACCAAAAAGGCAUUCAUCCUCUUCGAGCAGUUUUAAAAGAGAACUGGUUAAGAUUUGAGACGGAUAAUGCUAUCCCUUUUAUACUUUUUUCUCUGGAACAAUUUCCAAAGCAUCAGAUACAUAAAUUAAGAAGAAAUUUUCGGUCUUUACCAAUAAGCUACGUUGCUGACAUGCUUUCUCUAUCAGAAGAAAAGGCAUGGGAAAUUGUUAGAAAGUAUGAUGACAAAUCCAAACUUAUCCAGAGCGAGGAUGGUCAAUACUUUGUUGAAUUCGACCCGCUUGAACCCAUAACCUUUAUACAAUGUAAGGAGCUCUCCGACAAACUUUCUGAGAGCGCAAAAAUCCUUGAGAGUGUAAAGGAAAUGAAGUCUAUGUAUUUCUCGAAAUCGCCAUAUAAAAAGUCUACGACUCAGACCAAAGCCUGAAAUACUUUGGUCAAUCGAGUAAGACGUUGCAACCGUUUAUGAUAAUGUAAUUUAGGAAUGAAAACUCUUCCACAAGCAAUUGCAGAAAAGUAUACGCAAUGAAAAGUUCCCAAUAGCGACCUACAUGAUUCAUUAAACCAUCUUGUUAUAUUUCCUAUUGUCUCAAGCUAUUGACGUUUCCAACAAAUUGAAUUUCUAACAUUAUUCUUCAAAAUAGGCUUAUGGUUUUCAUUAUUAUUAUGAACUAAAUAAUGAUAUAUAAAUCGAUGAAUUGACUUUUCUAGAUGCGU